AUGAAUGUAGGCCAACGCAAGGGGAAAAUCGUUACCAGCCUCAUCGAGGAGGUUAAACCACAGGUGAUGAUCGAGCUUGGGUCUUAUGUCGGGUACUCUGCCAUUCUGUUUGGGGAUGCUCUGCGUCGUGUGGGCGGCAAGAAGUACUACACCUUGGAGAAGAGUCCUGAAUAUGCUGCCGUCGCCAAUAUGCUGCUUGAUCUUGCCGGCUUGCGAGACUUUGUUAAGGUCUUGGUCGGGAGUAGCGACGUUUUGCUGCAUAAAUUAUGCACCACCGGCGAGAUUAUCACAAUCGAACUCAUGUUCCUCGACCAUUUCAAGCCUGCCUAUACCACUGAUUUGAAACUUUGUGAGCAACUCGGCAUGGUUGCAGCUGGGACCGUCCUUGCCGCUGAUAACAUGAUCAUGCCUGGUAACCCGGUAUAUUUGGAUUACGUGCGAAGCAGCGUUGAAACCAAGAGGAGCAAGGCGAAAACGUCUCCUAGUGGAUAUGAGAUAUUCUCUCAGAACAUCAUGUCUUGGUAUGUCGACAAAGAUGCGAAACCGGCGUUCGAUGCCGUCGGUAAUCCGAAUUUGAUUUACGAAAGCCGGUUGGUCGAGAGCUUUGAACCAUCUGGAGAGCCCGUAUGUUAG